CGUCGAAAGGAGGGGUCGCACACGCAAGACCAAUCGAUUUAUCUCAGCGGACGUUGGAUAGCCAUCGUGAAGUUGAGUCACGAAUUGCCUUGGGACACUGCGCAGCAAAGUAAUAUACGCACAGGGCUGCAAGUAAGGCUGCUCAGCCCCGCUCAACCACCAACAACAGCAGUGGGCGCCACGGACUUUGGCGGGAAGCGACCGGUGGGGCGAUUGUGGAAAGCUUCGACGCAUCGUUGGAGAACCGCGCAGCGGCAAUCUCCUGCUUGGCAAUCUCCCGCGUGGCAGCCUCCUCCGGGGCGGUCGGAGAAAGAGGAGAAGGACUACCGUGAAGUGUCAAUUCUCGUACUGUCAUCGCGGCAAAGACAGCUGAAAAUACUCACGGGGUACGCCGUUACAGACUGCUACCACCAUGAGGUUGAGGAAAAUCAAGGGAGAAGCCGCCCUCCUUGCGGUGGCGGCGAUGCUGACCAGUGCUACAAUCGUUCCGGCCGAGGAUCGACACAAGUUUCACAAAAAAUUCCUAAGGGCUCCACCGAAAGGACCGCGUCCACUAGCACAAGCACCGCAAUCUCCAGCGAGCCACACGACAGGUGUGGACGGAAACGACGGCAGUAGCAGUGCACCAGAGCACAGAGAAGUAGUACCGUCAGCAGCGUCAGCAGCACCGGGGGUGUCCUUGGAAGGCGGGUGUCCUUACGUAAUCGACACGGCAGAGGAGGCCAUUUCCCGGAUCAAGGACAAGAGCCUCCCGGGCAACGUCGUGAAGGUCGAGCACUUGACCUUCUGCCGCACGGGGAACCACUUUAGCAGCUUCUUCCGCAACCUCGCCCUGGGCUACUGCUGCAAGUCUAAGGUGGUGUGGCUGCCUCCAAAGGACGACGUUCUCGCGCCCGGAGUGUUUAACCAGGGAACCCCAGGGCCGCGCUGGUUCGACUUCUCGAGCGCGCCCGACGUGGACGGCUUCGAUUCCAGCGCGUGUUCCGCGGACAUCACUUGGGCGGGGCAGAGAGCGUUUCACAUGCACCAACUUGACUCCCCAGAGCACGAGUUCCACACUCCCGGCCUCAAGGAGUGCAUCGCACGCGCGCCCCGGCUUCUCGCAUGCGAGGCCGCGUACUACUUCCCGAAGGACGUGGACCUCUGCCACGCCACCGCCGCCGCUGCCGCCCCUUCGAGCGAGCACGACGGGCAAUCGUCCUACCAAGGCGGUUGGCCAGACGACCCGGAGCGGCGACGAAGAACCCGAAGGUGGGGCGGCGGCGACGGCGAUGAGAGCAAAGGGAAGGACGGAGCGGGAGCGGCAACGACGGGCGGGGAAGGGGCUGCUGCAGGCGGCGGGGGCCAGCAAACACAGGGGGAUAACGAGGAGGGCGUUGAGGAUGAGGAGAUGCGGCCGGCAGGAGGGGAGGAGCGGGAGCAGGGGGGAGGAGGAGGAGGAGGAGGAGGAGGAGGAGGAGGAGACGGCAACCUCGUGCUCCACGUGCGCUCCGGAGAUAUCUUUUCCGAUAAAGUCUUGGCGUACUACGGCCAGCCUCCGCUGCAGUUCUACCUGCAAGUGAUCCAGCACGCCGACUGGGAUAGCGUCGACAUCGUCACCAACUCACAAGAGCACGACGGCCUGAACCCCGUGAUCCCAGCCCUGCAGGCCAUGGUUGACGCGGGGGAUCUCCCGGACUCCGUGCACGUUCAUACGAACCGUACCAUGGAAGAGGACCUGCUUAGCAUGUUCUGUGCGGACGGGCUAGCGCUGGCAAGGUCAACCCUGGUCUCUCUCACGGGGUUCCACUCGAAAGCCAAGCGAGUUUAUGGCCCCCACCAGUGCAACGCCCAGUUCAAGCAGCUCGCCCUUAUACGCCCAGAAGUCCAGGCGUACGGCAUUGAUUGGGCGGGGGAGUACGGCGUCUACAAGAGCUGGGAGAACACCCCGGAGCAGCGGGAAGAGAUGCUGGCCUACGACAAGAUCGUCGGCUUCAACCAGUGCAGCGGGGAGUGAUGGCACCGGAAUCUUCUUGUACGCUCUACCCCCCAACGCUGGUUGCGUUCUUAUGCUGUGGGUUCUCUUGACCAGCAGUGACUACAGGCAGACUUUUAAUUUACGUUUCUCUCAUUAUUGUGCGUGGAAACAGCAGUUCAGAAGUCGUUUCUACGCGAACGCGCACACGUGUAGGCACAGCACAAAUGUGGCAGUCAAGCAGUGCUCGUGUUGUUGCUGCUGUGUCGUAGGAGCGCCCUGAGGCUGCGUUCUUGUACGCACUUGCGCGGCAGAUUUGAACCGUUUGCCGUUUACACGGUCGUUGCAUUUUAGGUGCCGUCUACACGUCGAGGGGGAAAACAAUAUUUGUUUUUGGAAAUAACUUACGCGCUCGCAGAAUGCCGUGGUGUACGUUCUCAAUAUUGUGCAGAUGUGGUACAUGCUGGUACGGGGACAAUGGGAGGAGCAGGGUCGGUCUGUAGCAUAAACGUUGUAGGCUGUCGAGGCUGGUGGUGUUUGAUAGGAUUGGUCGUCAAUUACGUCGGUGGGCAUCUAGCUUACCCCCUUGGGAGGCAACACACGUUGAAACUCGAUGCCGCGACAGUACAGUAGUAAGUAGUGUUGAGUGUCCUACAUAACUGUAUGUGAUAAGAAGCCGCUGUGAAAACAAGUAUUUGGCGGCGGUUUAGAAAAUUUUGAAAUCAUUCUUUUUGUUGCUGCAAUAGCAACGUGUUGGUGCGGUAGUGCAUGUCGGGGGGGCGGCAGUAGAUGCAGAGCAAUACCGCCGUGGUGUCUUGAUUUCUUUGGAACAGAUCAUCACCGCCUGCCUGCGAUUUUCUGAUGUUUAGUUUUGUCGAAGAGCUCGUGGUGUGACGGUGCCUGUGGGUGCCUGCCUGUGGGCACGUACUGUUUGGGG